AACUCAGCCCUCGUUGAGAACGCAUCUACAAGAUCUAUAAACUCAAACACACACACUCGCACUCACCGAUCUGCGAAACUCCGCCAAUCACUCGAUAAAUCGAUCUCGAUCCGUGCCGGAAAUUACACAAAUCGAAAAUGGCUGCCAACUACAAAAGCUGCCCGCUCAAGAAGCGCCCCAUCGUCUUUGUGGAGGAGCGUCUGCCGCAAACGGAGGCCUUGGCCCUGACCAAGGACUCGCUAUUUGCCCAGGACCAGCCCCAGGAUCUCUCGCUCAAGCGUGGCCGCGAGGAGGAUUACCAGCAGGAGCCGGAGCCCAAGCGCGACUAUGUUUUGAAUCUCUCCAAGACUCCUGAGAGGAUUUCCGUCAUCAACUCUAGCUGCCUGCUGUCGCCGCCCGUUGAGCCCAGCCAGGAUUACCAUCCCACAGACAUCCACAUGCGCGGACUGACAGCCGGUACCACGGGCUACACCACCAGUGUCCCCGUGGCCAAUCCCUUCCAGUCCGCCUUCGUAAUGGCCGCCGGCUGCAAUCCGAUCUCGGCUCUGUGGAGCAGCUAUCAGCCCCAUUUGGCCGCCUUUCCCUCGCCCGCCAGCUCCAUGGCCUCGCCGCAGUCCGUGUACAGCUACCAGCAGAUGACGCCGCCCUCGAGUCCGGGUUCCGAUCUGGAGACCGGAUCCGAGCCAGAGGAUCUCUCCGUGCGCAACGACAUUCCACUGCCGGCUCUGUUCCACCUCUUCGACGAGGCUAGGUCCACGAGCAGCGGUGCCAGCGUGAGCAGCUCCUCGGGUUACUCCUCCUACGUUCCGACCAACUCCGCCACCACCCCGGCCGGCAACCAGGCCAGCCUGGCGGCCAAGAACUAUCGCUUCAAGUGCGAGGAAUGCCAGAAGAUGUACUCCACCUCGAUGGGCCUGUCCAAGCACCGGCAGUUCCAUUGCCCGGCGGCGGAGUGCAACCAGGAGAAGAAGACCCAUUCCUGCGAGGAGUGCGGCAAGCUGUACACCACCAUUGGAGCAUUGAAGAUGCACAUCCGCACCCACACGCUGCCCUGCAAGUGCCCCAUCUGCGGCAAGGCCUUCUCCCGUCCGUGGCUGCUCCAGGGUCACAUCCGCACCCACACCGGCGAGAAGCCCUUCCAGUGCCCGGACUGCCCGCGAUCCUUUGCUGAUCGCUCCAACCUGCGAGCCCAUCAGCAGACGCACGUGGAUGUGAAGAAGUAUGCCUGCCAGGUGUGCCACAAGUCCUUCUCGAGGAUGUCGCUCCUGAACAAGCACUCCAGCUCCAACUGCACCAUCACCAUUGCGUAAAGGACUCUGGGAUCUCUGGAUUUCCCGUAAAAAAACUACAUUCCGCUGGCGAAGACCAAACACAGACAGACAAUAACUCAAGCUAGCCUGUACUAAGUCGAUUCGGUUUUGGUGCUACUAUAACUAUAUAGCCCUAUUUAUUUCAGUCGUAUUUGUAGGCUAAGAUCAUGUAUAUUGCCCCAUUGUCACAAGCAGCAUUUGACCAAAUUUACUCAUUUAAUUAUUAUUAUAAUUUAUGUACUCUCAUUACUGUUAAGCUCAACUGUUGUUAAGAUUAUUGCUAGUUUUAAGACUAUUUUUAUAAAAAUAAAACAUAGAAAACUCAAAAGAAA